CCCCACUUCGGAAGGGGCGGGGUAUCAUGCUCGGCCGUGACGUGGCGAUGGCGGAACUCUACGUGAAACCGGGGAACAAGGCGCGCGGCUGGAACGACCCCCCCCAGUUUUCCUAUGGGCUGCAGAUCCAGUGUGGAGGCCCAAAGCGCCCCCCCCUCACACGCAGGGUCCCCGGCCCGGCAGAUGGAGCCCCCCAAGCCCUGACUCCAGCGAAUUCUGCUCCUCCAGCAGUGCCAGCAGCCUUAGCCUCAAAACCUGUGGGGCCGCCCCCUCUUGCUGUGGUCAGCCCUGCUCUGAGGUCAGACGCUGCAAAGCAGGUUGUGAGCCUGGCUGAGAAGGAGUGCGAGGUGAAGGUAGAAGAUGUUCUAGCCCCUCUGAAUGAGACUCUGAGCAUGUGCAGGAACACCAUGCAGAAACAGGUUUGUGAUGACAUCAGCAGACGCCUCACUGUGCUUCGGGAGCUGUGGCUCCAGGGAAAGCUGUCUGCCCCUGUGAGGAAGAGGAUGAAUAUCCUGGUGCAGGAGCUCCAGCGGCGGCACUGGGACAUGGCUGAUGAAAUCCAUCGCUCGCUCAUGGUGGACUAUGUCAAUGAAGUCAGUCAGUGGAUGGUGGGAAUCAAACGGUUAAUUGCUGAAGCAAGGAACUUGCCUCCUGGAGACUUGGUUGUAAAUGAUGAGCAGGGAGCUGGAGCUCAGCCAGCCGAAGACGCCCUGUGAGCCAGGUGGUGGAGCUCUUGGCCACUGGGAUUAUUUCUCAUUGCUGUAGUGGGAAAAUAGCAAGACUCUUCCAUCCCUGAAGAGUUUCUGGCUUCUCCCAUGUCUCCCUGUCCUGCCUCUGAGUGUCCGAUUCAGGAUCAGCUCUGCACCAAGGAGAGGCUUUCCUACCACCAGUAGAUCUCGGGGCAACUUGCUGCAUAUGAUACUGAAUAAAAAUUAUUGAUCUUC